AUGUGUUGCACUAUGUUGUUCAGGUUAAAGACUGAAAUAAAUCAGCGAUGUAAAGGAUAUAUAAGAUUAAUAGAAUAACUAGGAUUUCAGAAUAUGUAUAUUUUAGGUUAUCCACCGAAUUCACAAGAUGAUAAGAACAUGUUUAUAAAGAUUUAAGUUAGACUAGGUAGUGAUUGGAACUCAAAAGUAGAGUUGAAAAUCUAGGAAACAAUUUGA